GUUUUUUUUUAAAUAGAAGCAUAGCUUCCAAGUCCCCAACACAAUCAUUAGCAGUUCGAAUUGCCUUUUGUCUGCAUAAGCGGUAUAAUCAACCUCUAAUCAUCGAAGGCAGAUAAAUUAUGUAAAAUAAGAAUUAGAGCCAGAACAAAUCUUUGUGGAUACCAUGUUCAAGAUAGUUGUUUCUACUCCAAUGUCAAUUACAUAUCACACGAAGGAAAAACUGGCAUGCAACAUCUCAACAAACGAGAGACUGGUUUCUUUGGAGUAGAAACAUAACACACAGGAACCUCGCACUUUGAUUAAGCUAUUAACUCAUUGAACUGUGUAAAUGACGUCGGGUAAUCGGAAGCAGGAUUGGUGUUAUGAAGGUAGAGGUGUCCAAUCACGACAAUCAAGAUUAUAUGGAUAUGAUUGGUUGGUUGGUUGGUUGGUUCGUUGGUAAACUCCAUGUUUAUAUUAUAUCUGACUAUAACAUCCUGAUGUUGGAUAUUAUAUGAUCAUACCAUAGAGUAACGGUAUACUCAAUUAUCGUACGUACUCGUCGUAGACUGUGAUUUCCUCGGAUUUACACUAAAUAUCAAUUUCCGAUAUUUUUCUUUGAAAGGAUCUGUGUGUACGAAUGUGUGUAUUUAAGGAUCAAUAUCUCAUAGCUUUUAUCGUUGUGACAAUAAAGUUAUAUCGUAUCGUAUCGUAUCGUGUAUUGAUAGAAUCUAGCUGGUAGAAUGACAUCAUGGAAAAACAAAUUGUUAAUAAUCGGUUUUUAUGUAUCGGUAUUGUAUUCACCAGUCACAGGUCAAAAUGAAGGACUAUAUAUUUACCCUAAAGACGAGAAGUUCUAUGUUGGAAGUGAUGUCACGGUGAAAUGUAAAUUUAGGAAUGAAACACAUAAUCAACUCGUUGCAACUAAUUGGACUGACUGGUAUACUGGUUCAGUAUUGACUGCUGAAGAGGAAUACAUGAAAACAAACGUCAACAAAGGUUAUCAUCUGAUCGUAUGUCGAUAUAACAAUCUAUCGAACAGGACAACACUUAGAGUUGAAGAACCAGACAUUAGACCAGUGGUAAACUGUACCAGUCUCUCGGAAUUUACCUGCCAGUGCAAAUGGAAUAUAGUAAAUGGAGUACACUACACAUAUGAAAUCCGAACGCACGGGACAAUUCCAUGGACCCUACAGAUACCACAGACUCACAGUGGCAUAGCGAGUACAAGUGUUAUUGAGGCGAAAUUAUAUCAAGACAACCUCCAAGAUAUUCGAGUUAACGCAACCAAGGACAUUAGUAGUGCUUCAUGGAUUACUACUCAUGAUAUUAUGCGCAAAUUGAAACCAAAUAUAACAUAUAAAGAAUCGACAAUGACGGCCACUUCAGCCACAAUAAAAUGGAGAGGAAAUAGUAAGCCUGAAUAUUGGGAAUUCCUAUCACAGUUUAAAUACGAAGAGUGCGAUGGUGAAACAAAUGAAACGUUCAGAAUGUUACCAGAUCAAAUUGACGUAAACAGUCUUAUUACGAAGACGAUAGACGACCUUAAGCCAUAUAGAUUUUACAAGUUCGGCAUUCGAAGUCGGUAUACUCGUCCAGGUAACGGCUACACUGGUUGGACUUACGUGGUACUUAGAACGAAUGAAAGUAGACCAUCAAAGGAAGUACAGUUUGAGAUAGAGAGUCAAGAAGAUGAUACCUUGCUCAAAUGGAACGAUGUUCCUAAAGAAAGUCAAAAUGGUAAAAUCUUGGGCUACACAAUAUACGUGAACAGUGAAAGCUAUGACGUCGAUGUCAAUAAUACAGAGUAUUCGCUCAAAGGAAUCGGUGGCGGCAACUACAACGUUUGCAUCACGGCCUCCAACAGCGCAGGUGAAAGUCCAAUUAACUGCCAACCAGUGAAUUUAACAACACAAAUGGAAUUGAGUUCAACAAAACCACAUGAAGGUAUAUCUAAUUAUAAUAUAAAUCUGUGAUAAAUAAUAAAUGAUAUAUGCCUAAUAUGAUUUAUAUUGUUCUAUCCGUCUGUUAUAUCUAUACGUAACGAUGCUUUUGGCGCAUCCACUAUUUAAAUUUAUAUUAAAUACUUAUACCAAAUAAUGCAUAUUUAUAAAGUAUAAAGCAAUAAACAAAGUCACACGACCACAAAAGGUCAAAAGGUAAAAAAAAAAAUCAAACUCACUGAAGGUUGCCAUUGUUGGAAAUCUCUCAAAUAUUUGCGACUGUGUAGUAGUCCAUAUAUUUUCCAGUAAGUGUCUAAUUAUGGCAUGUUAAAAAAACAAAACAAAAAACAAAACCUUUAGUAGAUGUUGGCCCAUUAUUGUCCGGGAAUAUAAACAAUCAGUCAACCAACCAACUAACUUGACAGUUUUCAUAGUCCACAAUAACUUUAAUAUAACUUUUAACAGUUCUGAACUUCUAAAGGAUCAGAAAAAACUUUGAAUGACGUGCAGAACCAACAAUAAAUAAGAACAUAAACUAAUUGUCCUCAGCCAGGAGGAAAUUAGCCUACUUGCCCUAAUUGGAUAUUUGCUGGGCAAUAAUUAUGGGAAACAGCUCAGUUUCUGCUAUUAUAAAUUACUCAACCAAAGCUUCAAAGUAUGUAAUAGUCUAAUUAAGUCAAGUAAACAAGUAUUGCCUCCUUCAACUCUUUUGCAUAAAGUAAAAUAAAUGUUAUUUUAGACCAGAACGUCUUGAGUUAUGAUAGUUUGAUUCUACUUUUGGUUUCUUACUGUAUUACAUAAUAUUUGUGACCCAAGCUCACAAACAGGCUGUAAACUCGCACAGCACUGUAUUGAGAAACAAGCCUCAAUAGCCAGAACAUGCCAUAAAAUAUGAAUUUCGUGUAAAUUGGGUUUUUGUGUAAUAAAUAAAAUAUAAUUAUUAAUCUUCCUCUUCCUGAAGUUUGAGUUUAAAAUUCAAACUGUAAAAGGCAAAAUUAAGCGAUUUUCAAAUGGGAGUUAGUAAAAAUGAAUAGGAAAUUGCAAAAAAUAAAAGCAUUUUUCUCAAAACUUGAUUUAAGAAAGUUGAGAAGAUGACAAUUAUUCAAACGGUCAUAAAUUUGCUUCCAGACACCCGAUUGAGUUCAUUUAACUGUCAUUUUAAAGUAAAUGAUAUGUUCUAUGCCAUUAUAACAAAAAAUAAUUUUGGCUUGAGGACGAGUGAGCUUGGGUCACAUUUGCAGUUCCAAUAAAUUGUCCUUUUGUCCUUACUCAUUACUAAGUACGAUAUAGGCCUAUUUACUUGUAAAAUUAAAAAAGUUAGCCCAAAUAGAGGCUCUUGACACGUUACCGAUACACUUAAUAAUAAAGUUAUUCCACAGAAUUGAAAAACUUACUUACAAAAGAAAACAAUAAUAAAAAUUUAAUAAGAAAUGGGAAUGCAUAAAUUAUUAUAAUACAAAUAAAAUCACUGCACUGUAGGAGCGGCGUGGGGUUCUGAGCCUGGACCCCUACGCGAUU